AUGCCAUAUGUGAAAGUAUGGACUCAUACAGGAGGUCAAAAAACUCAAUAUACAAAUGGAGACCGUUCAAACUUUUGGCUUGGCAUUCCAUUUGCUGACUCAGAAGACUUUAUGGGUGGUAUUUCAACUGUUGGUACAGUUCAAAUACAAUAUACUGGUGACAGAGACGGUCCAGAUGAACUGAGAGCAAAGAAGUUUACAAAACCAAUAGCACUUUUCACGGAAGAUGCUCUUUUGAAGAUUCGUUCGAUGAAACCUGCUGGGGCUCCUCAGAUUGGCAUAACGACAGCUUCCAUCGAGCAGAUUUUGGCAGCAGGUCAGUAA